GUUGGGAAGUGUGCGGGACACUUACUCCGCGGCCAUCUAAACUACCGGGCGUCGGACUCCCAAACACUCUGCCCCGACAGGAGCAGCCUCCCCCCUACCAGGAACUGCAUUCUUGCAGGUUAUGCUAACUGACUAAACCUGCUUCUAUAAGAGAAGACUUGGAUCCCCCUGGCAGUUUCUAUUAAAUUCUUUGCAGCUGAUUUCAUUGAUAUUUUCGGAACUGUUCUGAAGAACACAGCAAUGACCUUGCUCUCUCUAUAUACUGGAUGAUGGAGAAAGGGCUGUGUCUCAAAUAUACUGGUGACAUCAUAGACACAUUCAUAUUCCAUGUAGCUUGAUGCCAAGGACUUCAAGGAUGACUGACAUUACAGUAACAUCCAAAAUGCGCAGAGGACUGGUCAAGGAUCCAGAUAAUGCAGAUCUAUUCUGCAAGGAAGACCCAGAAAGAAUAUUUGUGGAUCUACAUGAAAUUGGCCAUGGCAGCUUUGGAGCUGUUUACUUUGCGACAAAUUCUACAACCAAUGAAAUUGUUGCUGUUAAAAAAAUGUCUUACAGCGGAAAGCAAAUGAAUGAGAAAUGGCAGGACAUAAUCAAGGAAGUGAAGUUUCUGCAACAACUGAAACACCCUAACACCAUUGAGUACAAAGGGUGUUACCUGAAAGAUCAUACAGCAUGGCUGGUAAUGGAAUACUGUUUGGGUUCAGCAUCAGAUUUGCUUGAAGUUCAUAAGAAACCACUUCAAGAAGUGGAAAUAGCGGCCAUUACUCAUGGUGCCUUACAAGGGCUGGCGUACCUACAUUCUCACAACAUGAUUCACAGGGACAUAAAAGCUGGGAAUAUUCUGCUUACUGAGCCAGGUCAAGUAAAGUUAGCAGAUUUUGGAUCUGCAUCUAAAUCUUCUCCUGCCAACUCUUUCGUAGGAACUCCAUAUUGGAUGGCCCCAGAAGUAAUUUUAGCCAUGGAUGAGGGGCAGUAUGAUGGGAAAAUAGAUAUUUGGUCUCUCGGUAUCACGUGUAUUGAAUUAGCUGAAAGGAAACCUCCAUUAUUUAAUAUGAAUGCAAUGAGUGCCUUAUACCAUAUAGCCCAGAAUGAGUCCCCAACACUACAGUCUAAUGAAUGGACGGACUCCUUCAAGGGAUUUGUAGACUACUGCUUGCAAAAACUACCUCAGGAAAGACCAGCAUCUUUAGAACUGCUGCGUCAUGACUUUGUGUGGAGAGAAAGGCCAGCCCGGGUUCUUAUAGAUUUAAUCCAGAGAACUAAAGAUGCUGUCCGAGAGCUGGACAAUCUGCAAUACAGGAAAAUGAAAAAAAUACUCUUCCAAGAAUCUCGAAACGGACCAUUAAAUGAGUCUCAGGAAGAUGAUGAGGACAGCGAGCAUGGGACCAGUCUAACCAGAAAGAUGGACAGUCUUGGCAGCAACCAUUCCAUCCCAAGCACUUCGGUCAGUACGGGUAGCCAGAGCAGCAGUGUGAACAGCAUACAAGAGGUAAUGGAAGAUGGAAGUCCUGACCUAAUCAUGAGUUUCAGCUGUAGUUUUGAUUCUACCUCUUCUCUCGUACACAAAAAAGAUCAUGCAUUCAUAAGGGAUGAGGCGGACCACAGGGAUCCCAGGCCUGAACUGCGGCCUACCCAGUCAGUGCAAAGUCAGGCACUUCAUUACCGGACCCGCGAGCGAUUCGCUACAAUCAAAUCAGCAUCUUUGGUUACAAGGCAGAUCCAUGAGCAUGAGCAGGAGAACGAGUUGCGGGAACAGAUGUCAGGAUAUAAGCGGAUGCGGCGCCAGCACCAGAAGCAGCUGAUUGCCCUGGAGAAUAAGCUGAAGGCUGAGAUGGACGAGCACCGCCUUAAGCUGCAGAAGGAGGUGGAGACUCAUGCCAAUAACGCGUCCAUCGAGCUGGAAAAGCUUUCCAAGAGGCAAUUCGUAGGCAUGGAUAAAGAGGCAAAGGUGGCUGCAGCGGAUGAAAGGAGAUUUCAGCAACAGAUUAUAGCCCAACAAAAGAAAGACUUGACAUCCUUCUUAGAAAGUCAGAAGAAACAGUACAAGAUUUGCAAGGAAAAGAUUAAAGAGGAGUUGAAUGAGGACCAUAGCACGCCUAAGAAAGAGAAACAAGAACGCAUAUCAAAACAUAAAGAGAACCUCCAACACACUCAAGCUGAAGAAGAAGCUCAGCUCCUUAGCCAACAGAGACUGUACUAUGAGAAAAACUGCCGACUCUUUAAAAGGAAGAUAAUGAUUAAGAGGCAUGAGGUUGAGCAGCAGCACAUUCGUGAGGAGCUUAAUAAGAAGCGAACCCAAAAGGAAAUGGAGCAUGCAAUGCUUAUCCGCCAAGAUGAGUCUACACGGGAGCUAGAGUACCGACAGCUGCAAAUGCUUCAGAAGCUUCGGAUGGACCUCAUACGACUGCAGCACCAGACUGAACUGGAGAAUCAGUUGGAAUAUAACAAGCGUAGGGAAAGAGAGUUGCACCGGAAACAUGUGAUGGAACUUCGGCAGCAGCCCAAGAACCUAAAGGUUAUGGAAAUGCAGAUUAAGAAACAGUUUCAGGACACUUGCAAGGUGCAAACCAAGCAGUACAAGGCCCUAAAGAAUCACCAGCUGGAGGUAUCCCCAAAGUGUGAGCACAAGACAAUAUUGAAGUCCCUGAAAGAUGAGCAGACGCGCAAAUUGGCCAUUCUGGCUGAACAGUAUGAGCAAAGCAUCAACGAAAUGAUGGCCUCACAAGCGUUGCGGUUGGAUGAAGCUCAAGAAGCAGAAUGCCAAGCUCUUCGGCAACAGCUUCAACAGGAGAUGGAGUUGUUGAACGCUUACCAGAGCAAGAUCAAAAUGCAGACUGAGGCACAGCAUGAGCGUGAACUGCAGAAGCUGGAACAGAGGGUGUCCCUCCGAAGAGCGCAUUUGGAACAGAAGAUAGAAGAGGAGUUGGUAGCUCUUCAGAAGGAACGCAGUGAAAGGAUCAAGCAUCUUUUUGAACGCCAAGAAAGAGAAAUUGAAACCUUCGACAUGGAAAGUUUAAGAAUGGGCUUUGGAAAUCUGGUGACGUUAGAAUAUCCCAAGGAGGACUAUAGAUGAGAGAGGACAGUUUUUGCCAUUCAAAUAAAUAACAAUAAUAUUAACAAUGACAGCAAGGAGAACCUGCAAACGUACAUUCCCCAUUUUAACGGGCGUGCUCUCUCUCUCUUCUCUUUCUCCCUCCCACUCUCUCUGUCUCUAUCUAUCUCUCUGACGUCCGUCGGACACUAGUGCCUGUAAUUCUUUUUACUCACCAGGGUGCCUCUGGGCAAAUCUCAGCACGGAGCGAGCUCCCUGGCAUACCUCUCAAGUGUCCCUGAUUGUCAUUCAAAUUUUCAACCCAUCAGAACAUUGGUGCUUGUUAUACAAACCGAAGAUUCAAAGAACGGAAAGGAGUCUUGAAGUAAACAGUUGUGUUUUGUGUGGAAACUCUUCCUUUACUCAUACCCCUUUUGUGGAAAGAGAUAACUUGAUUAUACAAAGUUUUGUCCAUGAUGUUCCUUGGGGAAGAUGUUGAGAGGUACGUGGUUUUGAGAGCUCAGUCUGAGGAUUGCAAGGUAUUGCACCUCGGCAGAAAGCUUGCAGUAGUUUUCAGGUGAGACGCGUGUCCUUGAUGUCUGGGAACUUUUGAGGGUUGAAAGCAUAGUAUUAUUAACAGGUUGACCGUAUGGCAAAGAAUAUUGACAACAAUAUAUACAGUAUAUUUAUUGGUUUUUGUUUUUUUCUUUAAAGAUGGCUGUCCGCAGUUUUACUUGGUUUCAUAUACCAUGAUGCACAAAUUGUCAACAUCUGUGUGAUUAACCCCUUCACCCCUGAGCUAGUUUGUGGCUGUGUUCAAUAUAAUCUGGCAAUAGUGUGUUCCUUUAAUCUAUGUUUGGGGGUCAUUGGUGGCACUCCUAGGAGUUUGCCUGUAAUGAAUUAACCAUCUCGGCUCCUUUACUGCUAGUGCAGCCAGUAAUACAGUCACCAAGCUUCAAAAGUCCCCGAAGCUUGAAAAAUGAAAGCAACUCAGGGAUGAAGUGAUUAAUUUAUCAACGCUCAAUAAUACAUUUUGAGAGACUAGAGAGAAACGUGGAGAUGAAUUUAAAAGCCAACAAAAUGUGAAAUAUCUGUUGGUUACAACAAACAUUUUAUUCUGCUAUUCUGUUAAAGUACAAGCAAAAAAAAUAAAUAUAUAUAUAUAUAUAUAUAUAUAUAUAUAUAUAUAUAUAUAUAUAUAUAUAUAUAUAUAUAUAUAUAUAUAUACAUUUAAUACAUAAAAGAGAGAGAGAAGCAUAAAACUGCAGCCUUAAGAUAACUGCUGCUUCGAUACACAUUGUUGUUUUUUUGGUAUUUGUUCGUCAGGAAUUAAAAAAAAAAAGAGAUUUUAUUAAACUAUUGAGGUUUGAUACAUUUUACAGAAACCAAUCAUGUUGUAUAUAUAUAUAGACAUAUUGUUGGGUGAGGGAGAAUCAGAAAUUGGGGGGGGAGGGGGGUUGUUGGGCAGAUGGGGAGGGUAGAAUGUCUUGUGAUAUAUUUUUUGUUGCUUUUUUUUCUUUUUUUUUAUAUUUUUGUUCCUUUUGAAGAAUUAUGCUGGCAGGAGCAGAAAUUGUGUUUUGAAUUUUUAAUUGCACCUUUAAAAAAAAACAAAAAAAAACUCUAUCUACUGUACUUUCUACUCCAGUCCUGGUUUUCUUAUUCGAUGAUAUACUGCAAUGUAAUGUUUUGUGAUCUCACAUAUGUUCUAACAUACAUUAUGGUUUUUAAUGCCCCAGAUCAUUUACAAUGAUUGGCAUUUCAAUGUGCCAGGCUUUUUUUUUUUUUUUUCAGUUUGUUGUUUGGGAGUUUGUAUUUCUUAUAUGAAUUAACAAAAUGUUCCACCGAUCAUAAUUUAAAUUCUUUUAUUUCUUGGAUGAAAAUAUAUUUGUACUCUAUA